GCCCCGUUUCCCUCCCGACCGCUCUUUUAAACUCCUGAAAUCCUCUGAGCUGCCCAGAAGCCAUACAUAACUAUAGAUUGGUUCUGUGGCAGCGAUUGUUGAUGUGAGCGCCAGGGAGAAUAAAGGGGGGCCAAAAGAAACGCGAUCCAAGUGGAACUGAGCGGAGAGAAGCGGAGCGCCAACGAGAAAGCGAGCGGCCGAGCGACCGAGCGAAGCACAAGAGCGGCAAUUCCGCAGAGAGGGUCCCCCCUGACAUCGGCGGCGGCGGCGGUGGCACCCCACGCCCCUCGUCCCCUCCCCUCCCGGACAUGUGGCGGGCUCUUUUCCCGCGCUGGAUCUGCUUCUUCCUGGGACUCUUCACCGGUCUAUUCCCGCACUCGUCCCGCGUGAGAGCCAUGGCACUGCCCAGGAUCGUGUAUUCGCACGCGGGCAUCUGCCCCAACGAGAUGAACCCCAACUUGUGGGUGGACGCGAUGAGCACCUGCCUGCGAGAGUGUGAGUCGGACCAGGAGUGCGAGACCUUUGAGAAGUGCUGUCCCAACGUCUGUGGGAGCAAGAGCUGUGUGGCUGCCCGCUACAUGGAUGUGAAAGGGAAGAAGGGUCCCAUCGGAAUGCCCAAAGAAGCCACCUGUGACCGCUUCAUGUGCACCCAGCAAGGCUCCGAGUGUGACAUCUGGGAUGGCCAGCCGGUGUGCAAGUGCCGGGACAGGUGUGAGCGGGAGCCCAAUUUCACUUGUGCCUCGGAUGGCAUGACGUACUACAACAAGUGCUACAUGGAUGCCGAGGCCUGCACCAAGGGGAUCACGCUGACGGUGGUCACCUGCAGGUAUCACCUAACCUGGCCCAACACCAGCCCUGUCCCUACAGAGACCACCGCCAAUCCCACCACGGCAUAUUUGGAGACCACAGUGAUUGACAUCGUGCCACCCGCCCUCAUCUCCAGACCGGCGCACCAGUCCAUCUACUUAGGGGACACGGUCAGCUUCCUCUGUGAUGUGGCUGGUCGUCCCAAACCCGAAAUCACGUGGGAGAAGCAAACUGAGGGCAAAGAGAACAUUAUCAUGAGGCCGAAUCACGUGAGAGGGAACGUCGUGGUCACCAACAUUGGCCAGCUGGUCAUCUACAAUGCCCAGUCUCAAGAUGCGGGCAUCUACACCUGCACGGCCAAGAACAUCGGAGGGUUUCUGCAGGCCGACUUUCCUCUGUCAGUGGUCAGGAAGGAGCUUUUUGCAAAGAGUCAUGCGAGGAACACCACCCAGCUGCCGGCCGAGGAAUGUCUGAAGACGCAGGACACCGAAGUGUGUGGAGAGCUGAGGACCAGCUGGUACUUCGACAGCAAGAGGAACAACUGCUACACCUUCACCUACGGCCACUGCAACCGGAACCAGAAUCAUUUUGACACAUAUGAGUCCUGCAUGGCAUCCUGUGGCAGCGACUUCACCAACCCAUGCAACCUUCCAAGCCUUCAGGGUCCCUGCAAAGCCUAUGAACCCAGGUGGGCUUAUAGUAGCGCCUUGAAGCAAUGCCAGUCGUUCAUCUACGGUGGCUGUGGCGGCAAUGAGAACAACUUUGAAAGCAAAGAGGCCUGCGAGGAAAUGUGCCCCUUCCCAAAGAACCAGCACUGCAAGAUGUGCAAGCCCCGGCAGAAGAUGGUCACCAGCUUUUGCAAGAGCGACUUUGUCAUUCUGGGCCGCAUGAGUGAGCUUUCUGAAGACCACGACUCGGGUCACGCCCUGGUGACGGUAGAGGAGGUCUUGAAGGAUGACAAAAUGGGACUCAAGUACUUUGGGCAGGAGCCCCUGGAAGUCACUCUGCUCAACAUUGACUGGAACUGCCCCUGCCCCAACAUCACCAGCACAGACGGGCAGGUGAUCAUCAUGGGGGACGUUCACAACGGCAUGGCGGUUCUGCAGCCCGACAGUUUUGUGGGGGCAUCCAGCGUGAGGCGGGUGAAGAAGCUCCGCGAGAUCAUCCACAAGAAAACUUGUGACAUCCUCAAAGAGUUCUCCUCUCUCCACUAGUCCUGCUUGUUGGCCUGCACCUGCCAUUGUAAAGCGAGCUGUCCAGCGCCUGAUCCGGAGAGCCACCGGUGGAGGCCAUUGCCAGGAUCUUUGAACUGAACACGUCCUGAAGUCGGGAGCCAGUUAUAAAAGCCUCGGCGGGGUUGACCGUCUUUGGGUUCGGAUUUACGGGAAGGAGAGCUCAAUUUAUCAUGGCGGGCGAGUGCCUUUUCCAAAGCCGACCAGCAGUAGAUGAUGACAACCUAGAACUGAUAGGGCUUCAUUCAAGUAUAUUGGAGUUAUAGUAAGUCAUUCUCACCCACCUUUUAAAAGCUUGCUUGUGAUGGAGCACAUCCAGGAGAGAUGUGGUCUCCUUAGCCGAAGGGCACGCGUGUAUCCUCAUAGGAACCUUGUAGACAGGUUAGAAAGAAGUGGGAACGCAGUUCUCAGAGACGUCACUCUAGCACUCAGAUCCUCACCCUUAUCGUCCCCUUUCAUAGUGGCGGCUUCGCUCCUUGGUUUCCUUCUAGAGUUGUGCUGGGCUCCGUUGCUCCACUCAGGGGUGGACCAGAAUUUUGGAUUUUAGACCUGUUGCGUUUUUCACUUUUUGUCUCUCCAAUUUUCUGACACCUGAUUUCUCCAUUGGGCAAACCUGGACGAGGCGGUCCAUCGCAGGGCACACCCAUUCACAUACGGUGACACCAGGCUGGGAGUCUUCACUUAACCCGAUGACACGAUGAACACCACCUGAAAAUGGAAACGCCACCCCCAAUGCGUAUACUAAAAUGAUGGCUAUGGGUAUGGCCGGACGUUUGGGAGGAAGUCUGAGUGAGACAAACACCAGAUCGUUACUGAGGGAGCAUUCCAACAGUCUGUCCUAACGUCCACUUGAUCUUAAUAACUGGUCUUUGGGAGAUAUUAGUGUCAUUUAGGGGAUCAAGUGAGGUAUCUCUCUAGGACAUGUGUAUUGUCUGUGGAUGGCAUUGACCAUCACGCUACCCAUCAGGUUGUUUUGGUCUUUGGGAGAUCCUAUUAGUUGAAAGCAUAUCGGCUCUAGUAAGGUAUUGACCAGUAGGUCAUGUUGUCCUCAAGAAGAUGUUGUUUGGAGGUGACGUUGGUCAUUGAGGGGUAUUAUCAAGAGGAGACGUUGGCCAUGAAUAAGUCCCGCCCACCCUGUAAUGCUGGUCUUAAUUGGAUAUUCUCAGUAGGGUACUGUAUGUUGUCCAUCCAGGCAUGUAGUCCAUCAGGUGAUGUUGGUCUUUAAGUAAAAAGGACCCUUUCAGGGAUAAUUCUCACACGUAGUUACUGGUCCUGGAAGAUUUACUGAGCUCAUAAUAUAAUGGAGAUAUCGGCCUUUGGAAGAUGGGGUGCGUAUUUGGUGGAGAGCAUCAAGGCUGAGGUAUUGGCCAUCAAUGCUGUUGGACGUGUCCGUGUCAAGAGUGCACAUUGUGAGGGGAACAGGGAGGCAGUUAGGAGGCGCACCCAUGAGCACAUUCUGGCCCUAGUGGAGGCUGAUAUUGAUUGUAAGGUGGGAUGUAAGGUGUUCAUAGGGGGAUCGACAUCAUGUCCAGGAAGUUACCUUUGGUUUAUAUUGGGAAUUUUGCUCCUGGAGGGAUAUCGUCCAUGGGGAAGCGGUGACAGUGUCUGCUAGGGGAUGUGGGCAUUUUAUUCUCAGGGAAUGGUGGUCAUCCAGUCCCCCAUGUAGGUGGUGGUGGGGUGUUGGGUGUCCAUCUAUAGACAUUGAGGAGAUGUUGCUUUUUGAGGGGUAUUGUCCAUAGUAUUUAGUUCUUAGUGGUUAUCGUGUCCACAUGGAGAUGUUGGACUAAUUGGGUGUGCCACCCUUGCAAAUGUCUGUCUUUGGAAGAUCGAUGAGGAGAUCCUUGAGACCAAAUAUCUUACGUAUGGAGGAUAUCGGCUCUCGAGUGAGGACAGUGUCCACGGGGGUCUCUGCUCCUUGAGGAUUAUCGCUCAUGGACCUUGGGGAGUCCUGCCUAUAGGGGGGUGUUGGAGGUCCUCUCCAGGUCCACUUCACGUUGAGCUCACCCUGCUCCGGAGUCCGUUUGCCGGCCCCUGCCUGUAGCUCCUUGUUCACGUGCGUUUGCUCUCCAUGACCUCGGCCCCUCUUAUCAAGGCCAAACAACAUGUUUUUGGACGUUGGAAUCGUUAAACAGAGCAGGUCAUCUUUCUUGUUAACUGUAACCAAAAUAUUUUGUACUCAGUCCUCAGCGCCACAUGUGACAACAGGGGCGUAAAAACGUCAACACAGAGCUGCUUGUAAACACCCGCGUUUACGUAACAUCUGCCAACUCCGUCAGCGGGGCAAGCAAGUGGGUAGAAAACAGAAAAAAAACGCGACCCCCUCAGCGCCGCCCCGUCAUGUGUACACGCGUGCAUAACAAGGAUCAGCAAAUCAGCAGCAAUCAGGCAAUAGGGGCAAAGGGCCAGCGGGCACCGCCCAGAUGGGGACCUGCAAUUCCUCUCCUUGUGUGCCAGAGUUAAAUGACUCGGCCUGGCAGGCAAAUCGUCUUCUGGGUGGUCUUGUCUAAUUCCAAAAAGACUUUGACAUCCCAGCUCUGAUAUUUUAGACGUGUCCAGGGGUCCGCUCUGUUCUGCUGAAGGAACCAUUUGACAGGUCGGGGUUGCCACCCUCCUCAAUGACAUGCGUCGCCCUCCCGGUGGCUCCACUCAGCCCUCUUUUAAUUGUGUCUCCUGUCCAUCAGAGCUGACACUCUUUCUUUAUCUAUAUAGCGUCUUUCACUGUAUUGUAACGUAACUUAACAUGACCUUCUGAGACCUGCUUAUCUAAUUCAGGGGUCCUGAAAGUCCUGGACACUUCAAAGCUGACAUUUGCCAUCCAUCCGUCCAUUAUUGGGCAUGCUGAAUCGAGUUCAGGAGCCUCUCCUGGCAUUGAGCAAAAGUCAGCCGUGGGUAAGGUGCCAGUCCAUUGGAGGACUCACAAACACAAACACACACACACACACACACACACACACACACUCAUUUUCACAGAGUCCCAGUUUGGAGUGGCCCAUUAAGAUGGCAUUUCUUUCAGAAUUUGGGUGGAAAACUGGUGCGCAGACAACGGAAGAACAUGUGGGCUUCACACAGACAGCAACUGGGCACAGGGCAUUGGAUCUUUAGGGCAGAAGCACUGAUCGCCACAUUAGCCACAGUGACUGAGAUGGCAAACACCAGCUGCUCCACCUGAUACGUGACAAAAUGACAUGCGCUGACACCACCACCAUAUGCCUGCCACCCGCAGCUCCUCCAGUCAGCCUGUGCCACCUCAGCUAGCUGGCAGUGAAUCUGUGGACGUUUACCAUCCAGCCAUUGCUGGACAUACUAAAACCCAUUCAGGAUCCCAUCUUGGCAUUGAGUAUAAGCCGGGAACCAGCCCUAGAGGGGGUGCCAGUGCAUCAGUGGGCAAAGUCACACUUAUUCAAGGUGCAAAUGUCAGUUUCAAAAGAAGCACCCCACACAUCCUAGCAUAGCAUCCCCAAAGCCAAUUCAGGGCAGCACACUCACAUAUUCUAUCACACAGAGCCAUCUCAGAGGUGCCAAUGGGCAUCAGACACCACAGUUUUGAGUUGUAGGAAUAACAGCUGAGCUACUGAAGAAAACUCACACUGGCAUGGAGAGAACAUGCAAGCGCCACAUAGAAAGUGACCAGGCCAGGAUUAGAGCUCAGGACCCCACUGUAGCCUCCAGACCACCAGUUUAUUUACCCAAAAUAUUAGAAAAAAAAAAACAAAAAAAAACAAAACAAAGCUUUUUAAGAGACCUCCCAAGACCCCUGAGAGAGCCGGAGUGAUGGCCAGCCGCUCCACCAGACUUUGAAUGUAACGCCAUCUCCUGUCCCGUCUGUCUUUGAUCCCAGUGAUUUCUCUCCUUGUUUUGGUCUGUUCCUAUUUAUUUCGAUAUUAGUGAUUUUGUUAUUAUUUUUAUUAUUAUUGUUCCUUUUUUUUUUUUGGUUGUGAUGUAGUUAUUGAUGACUCUCAGAAAGCUGCGAGACUGCAAGAAAUGUAUUUUCCAGAUAUCCUAUGUAUCCAGUCUUCUGCGCACUUCUUUCUUAAUAAAGCGGUUCUGUAAACACUCUCCA